AUGCCGGCGGACGGGUCCCUUGGCAUGCUGUUGCUCAUGCCGCGCGAGUCCACCGUCACACAUUUCACAAAUGCUCUCCACCCCGAUCAAACCCAUGAACUGGAAUCGGAUUGGACGGAGGACGUCGAACGUGAUGGUAGCCAGCCCGGUCCAUCAACGGAAGCAAAGAUUCCUACUCCACUACUCCGACUCCGAGUCGCACAAAGCGCCGGCUUCGUGAGAUGGGCACUUUUAAAGCAGUACAAAGAGUUUUUAUACAUCAAGAGGGAUCUUGCAUGUUGUCUUGGAACCUUAACAAACUCAUCACGCCAACUACAACAUCAGCGACGACCAUCUGCCAUCAUAGACAGGGACCUGAUCAAGUAUGAGCCGUUCUCAAACCCCUGCAGGUUCGCGACUGCGCAAGACAACAUUUUCUUCCCAACACCCUCCUGCUCUCCAAGAGGCAACGGAGAACGGCGAGAGAAUCAACAUCCCAGACAAGAGCUGAAUCAGUUCCCUCUCAAGCGAGCAGAGAUGGGCUAG